AAAAGCACAUACUAGUACCAGGAUCACAUAAAACGCAGAAACUCUGCAAACCCACCAGCAACAUAACCUCGCACACACUCUAAAGACCCUAUCAGCAAGGUGUCAAACAUCUUGGUCGGCACUCGGCACCCAUAGCGCGUCAAAGCGUCAAUUCGAAAACGCUUAGAAAACAGCGGGCACUCGGGCUCCUCAUUAACCCAGAAAAUGGUAGCCGACAGGUGCCGAAUGCCCGCAAAGAUUUACGAUUAGGUGAAAUGGCUCAUCGAGGAGACAUUGGUACCGCGGCUGCACCAGUGAAAGACGAAAGAAACUUGUAUGCGAGAUAUAUUAGCCGGGCUGGUGGGUGCGCGGCCAGUGGCUCUAAAACCGCCGUUGAAAUCGCACGCCCGUUCAACGCGCGGUCGAUCUUGCGUUCGAAUUUCGAACUUCGAAAUUUUUUUUCGUGUGCUGUGGUUUUUCGGAGGCCUGUGUUUUUGGAACAGUUUUGAACUCCAACAUGGACGACUGAGUCGCCGCAGCGACAGUGAACCGAAUCAGUGAACGAAAUAUACAGUGAUACUUUAUUUAAUUGACAAGUGACACCCAAUAUGGCUUUCGCGGCUAAUUUUAUAGUGACAGCAGCCUUCAUUAUCAUUGCGGCAUCGUGGAUUGAGGCCGCCCGCGACGCGUCAUGCCCACGGAUCUGCGGGCCCGCGCUGCAAGGAGAGCCAGUGUGCGCCACCGAUGGAUACAUCUACCCUUCGCUCUGCGAAAUGAGGAAGAAGACUUGUGGGAAAGGUGUCCGACUGGCCCCUGAACAAGGGUCGUGCUCCCGCGCCCAAGGGUCCAAGUGUGACCACCGCUGCACAUCCGAACGGGACCCGGUGUGCGGCACUGAUGGAAGAACCUACCUCAAUCGGUGCAUGCUGCAGGUGGAGAUAUGCAGGGUUGGCAUCGGCCUGUCUCACUUAGGCGCCUGCAACAACAUCAGUGCCCAUCGCGAGAACUGUCCGGUUGACUGCUCCCAAGCACCACUGGACGGGCCCAUCUGCGGCUCUGACGGAAAUGUGUACAAGAGCACUUGUCAGAUGAAACUGCUGACGUGCGGACAAGGAGUAGUGCGAACGAGCAAGAAACACUGUCAAACGACGCGACACUGCCGCGAGUCGUGCUGGCGCGUCGCGCGACCGACCUGCGGCUCCGAUGGCAAACUAUACGCCAACGCUUGCAGAAUGAAGGCGACUAACUGUGGAAAGCACGUGUUCGAAGUGCCGAUGGCGUUCUGCGUGUCACAGGAGCGUACGUCGGGCGGCGAAGCCUGCGCCACCGACUGCUCGGGUCAGAAGGAGAAACUUGUGUGCGGUUCUGACGAGAACGUGUAUAGGAACGAGUGCGAGAUGAAGAUGCUUAACUGCGGAGUGAGCAACAGGAAGAUAGUGAAGAAGGUAGACAUGGAGAAAUGCCGAGCGAAGAUGAACAAAUGCCUGAAGGUCAAAUGCCCCGGCGAGUCUGACCCUGUAUGCGGUACUGACGCCAACGUCUACGCUAACCCUUGCCACCUCAAGGUCGCCACUUGCCUCAAAGGAGUUCAGCUGGCGCACUUCGGUAACUGCACGUUGCUGCCGCGGCUCGAGGUCGACUGCCCGGAGAGCUGUGACAACGCUGUGGAGCAGCCCGUCUGUGGAUCCGACGGAAACGUCUACAAGUCGGAAUGUGAGCUCCGCCGCCUCACCUGCGGCCAGCACGUGGUAACCGUGUCGGCCUCGCACUGCCGCACCACCGCGCUCUGCCACGAGUCCUGUCCCGACACGCCGGCGUUCGUCUGCGGCUCCGACAACCGCUUCUACAAGAACGAGUGUAUCAUGAAGAAGGAGAACUGCGGCAAGCACGUCUUCGUGGUGCCGCUGAAACGCUGCCUGGCCCGCUUCCAGUACUCAGGCUGUGCGCGAGUGUGCCCGCCAGAGUAUGACCCCGUGUGCGGCACUGAUGACAAGACUUACUCCAACAAGUGCUUCCUUGAGAUGGAGAAUUGCCGGUCUAGGAGUUUGGUGACAUUAAAAUACCUGGGCACGUGCAGCGAACCUAUCGCCGAGGAGCCGAAGAACUACCUUUAUCGAUAGAAUCUAUCGAUAUCGAUAAAAUCACCAGUCAUAUCGACAUUUCUUCCAAUCCAUAUCGUCACUGGAAUCCAUUUUACAUUAGUGCCAACUUAUUUAAGUAAAAUCAUACCUUUGGCGGAAGACUAUGUUCAGUAUUAGGAGUCUUUUUCUGACCAAGGGUGUAAAAUGUGUAUUUGGUUAAGCAUAAAAGUUGCAUGUUUCUAGAUUGUAACCGUAACUCAUUAAUUUGAAUUAUAAUAAAGUAAUUAUGAUUGGUUUUAGAAGGGGCCAAAGUUGUGGUUUAACACCUCAUGCUAUUAAUGAUACUCGAGCAAGCAAAGGUUCCCAAAUUUAUCUACGAGCGUAGUCGCGUGGUUCUAAAAGUGGAGAUUUGAGCGUUGCGAGAGUUUUAAACCACGAGGAUUAAACAAAACUUUGCUACCGACUGAAAGAGAAUUUUUUUCACCAGCGAGGAACAUAAUUAAUUACUGUAAAACAUUACAAUUAGUUUCAAUAUAUUAUUAAAAAUCAACACACAGAUCAACUCAAAAUUAGCAUCUUAUGGAUAAUAUGCAAUUAUCUCAUACGUUUUUCAAGAAUAAUGAUAGCCUUUACGAGCUGGUGUGGUGAAAACAAUUCUUCUGUUCGGAAAGAGGAUUCAAAUUAUUAUACAUGUGACUUUUUAAUAAGCUUAACUUAAUAUAGAGACCAACUCAAUAAAAUUCGUCUUCCAUUUUAUCGUGUUUAAUAUCUUUAGAUUUCAAUAUAAAAUAAAUAAGUACAAAAAUAUCCAGCGCAUGCCCCAGUAAUGCCUGCGCAAUUUUGACGUAUACAUAUUUAAAAAAGAUUUACCGUUUCAAAUUAUCAGUUUUUAUCUUUUAAGUGAACGUAAUAUUAAGAACUGAGUUUGGACUGUUUAAUUUAUUUUUCUAUUUAUUAUCUAAUCGUAGUUUAAGGUUUUGUAAAUAUUUAGUGAAUUCAUUAACAAUUAUUUAUUUUAUUUAUAAAUUACUUUAUCGCUGCAUUUAAAAAAGACUUUUACACGCAUUUUAUUAAUUUUAUGGAAAACCAUUAAAGACAGAAUGCAUAUCAAGAUAAUAUAAGGAUACCUACUUUGUAAGAAUAAUACGUACUACAAACUUACUACCACAGUUUUAUCAUAAAGUAAGUAUAGAUAUAUGCAUACUUUAUGGUUUUAUCAAGAAUCAAAUAAAAAAAAUAUUCCGUGAACUGAAGGCAUCCCAGCAUCUCCACCAUAUGUAUAGUUCAGUUGACCGCAUGAAAAAAAUGCAUUUUUUGUUUUUGAUAAUGGAGUUUGCUAAUUUUAAAAUCGUUGUAAUCGUAAAUAAAUCGUUGACCCUAUUAUUUGUUACUAUUUUAAUAACAUUAUUUCUUUAUUUUGGAAUAAAAUACUUUCGAACUAGCAUUAUAUCUUAAUGUGCAAAGACUUUAAAUAAUUGACACUGCCAUAGACGUGUUAGUUCGUAAAGUUAGUGUUGUUUGUAAAAUUGUAACAAUUAGUGGUUCUACUUAAAAUGCUUAUCUAAUUAAUACUCUGUAUACGCUCAAGUUCUACCUACUGUUUAAAUAACAAGCGAUUAUUAAAUUAAAACAAU